AUGACCCUCCUUCGAUCAUCGAUCUGUCGAGCUUGUCGACAGCCCGCGCGAGCAUUGUUGCGCAUGCAGCGUGGCUUUGCGACCGGCGGCACUUCAAGCAACUUUGUGAAGCUUGUCGAGGUUGGACCUCGCGAUGGACUACAGAACGAGAAGAAGGUCAUACCGCUGGCCACCAAGAUCGAACUGAUCGAGAGACUUGCCAAGACGGGCUUGACGACCAUUGAGGCCGGGUCCUUUGUCGCGCCAAAAUGGGUGCCACAGAUGGCCAACUCGAGCGAGAUACUGGAGCAUAUACUACAGAAGAAGAUCCAGUCCCCUGUACCCGUGUCGUAUUCUUUCCUGGCACCCAACACCAAGGGUCUGCAGAACGCGGCCGCGCUUUUGACGAAGAAUCCCGACGCCUACUCUACGCAGAACAGCCCUGCCAAUAUCCACGAACACGUCAGCAAACCCGCGGUUGAGAUGGCUGUCUUUGCGGCCGCCACGGAGAGCUUCUCCCAGAAGAAUCUCAACUGUGACAUCAAGACCUCCCUGGAGCGCUUCAAGGAGGUGAUCCAGGAUGCCAAGGGGAUGGGCAUGCGUGUCAGGGCCUACAUUUCCGUUGUGCUCGGGUGUCCGUUUGAAGGGUACGACGUGGACCCCCACCGCGUCGCCGAGAUUGCGACGGAUCUGCUCGAGUCGGGCGCGGACGAGAUCUCGCUGGGCGACACCACGGGCAUGGGCACGGCGCCACGCACCAGCGCCCUGCUCAGGAGCCUCUCCGCGGCGGGCCUCCGGACGGAGGACAUUGCCAUGCACUUCCACGACACCUACGGCCAGGCGCUCGUCAACACGGCCGUCUCGCUCGAGCACGGCGUCCGGAUCUUUGACAGCAGCGUCGGUGGUCUGGGCGGGUGCCCGUACAGCCCUGGCGCGACGGGCAACGUCGCCACGGAGAACAUGGUGUACUUUAUGGAGACGCUGGGCAUGGACACGGGGGUUGACCUGGAUGCUGUGGCUGAUAUUGGAGCGUGGAUUUCGGGCGAGUUGGGCAGGCCCAACGACAGCACUGUCGGCAAGGCGGUCCUGGGGGCCAGGACGAGGGACGCGGCCACUCCAAAGGCUAAGCUGAUUCGUUACAACACUGUCGGUGGUAUCAACGGACCUCUGGUCAUCCUCGAGAAUGUCAAAUACCCCAAGUUCAACGAGAUUGUGACGCUCACCUUGCCUGAUGGCACGGAGCGCUCUGGACAGGUUUUCGAGGGAACCUCUGGCAUCGAUGUCAAGAAGACCAGAGUCGAAUUCACCGGCGAGAGCUUGAAGCUCGGUGUGUCCGAGGACAUGCUUGGUCGUAUCUUUGACGGUUCCGGUCGCGCCAUCGACAAGGGCCCCCGCGUCCUGGCCGAGGACUACCUCGACAUCAAUGGAAGUCCUAUCAACCCCUUCUCUCGUGAAUACCCCGAGGAGAUGAUCUCGACUGGUAUCUCUGCCAUCGACACGAUGAACUCGAUCGCCCGUGGACAGAAGAUCCCCAUUUUCUCCGCUGCCGGUCUGCCUCACAACGAAAUCGCCGCCCAGAUUUGCCGACAGGCCAGUCUGGUCCAGAAGCAGGGCAUUACCAACAAGGGUACCCACGACGGACACGAGGACAACUUCUCCAUUGUCUUUGGUGCCAUGGGUGUCAACUUGGAAACAGCCCGUUUCUUCACGCGUGAUUUCGAGGAGAACGGCUCGCUGGAGCGCACUACCCUCUUCCUCAACCUUGCCAACGAUCCCACCAUCGAGCGUAUCAUCACCCCCCGUCUCGCCCUCACGACUGCCGAAUACUACGCUUACCAGCUCGAGAAGCACGUCCUCGUCAUCCUCACUGAUCUGUCGGCGUACUGCGAUGCCCUCCGUGAGGUGUCAGCCGCCCGCGAGGAAGUGCCUGGGCGACGUGGUUUCCCCGGUUACAUGUACACGGAUUUGUCGACCAUCUACGAGCGUGCUGGUCGUGUGACGGGCCGCAACGGUUCCAUCACCCAGAUCCCCAUCUUGACCAUGCCGAACAACGAUAUCACCCAUCCCAUCCCUGACUUGACGGGAUACAUUACCGAGGGCCAGAUCUUCGUCGACCAGCCGAUGCACAACCGUGGUAUCUACCCGCCCAUCAACGUGCUCCCGUCGCUCUCGCGUCUGAUGAAGUCUGCCAUUGGCGAGGGCAUGACACGCAAGGACCACGGUGAUGUGUCGAAUCAGCUGUACGCCAAGUACGCCAUUGGUCGUGACGCGUCCGCCAUGAAGGCCGUCGUCGGUGAGGAGGCCUUGUCGCCCGAAGACAAGCUGUCCCUGGAGUUCCUGGACAAGUUUGAGCGCCAGUUCAUCUCGCAGGGUCCGUACGAGUCGCGAACAAUCUUCGAGUCGCUGGACUUGGCGUGGAGCCUGCUCCGCAUUUUCCCCAAGGAUCUGCUGAACCGUAUCCCCGCCAAGGUGCUCAACGAGUACUACCAGCGUGCGCAGAAGGACGCCAAGUCCAAGGGCAAGCAAAAGGCGGAUGCCGACGCGGCCAACAAGCAACAGACCGAGGAGAACCUGAUCGACGCGUAG